AAAUAUCUGACAUGCUUCUUUUACAAGGACUGGUCUGUGAGGUUUCCUUUGAGUACAGUUCCAUUUUGGUAACUCAGGAACAGAUUUGUGCACAUGAAGACUCGAUCUGGAGGGAAGAGAGAGCAGCAAACCUGUGCCAUUGCUCUCCUCUGCUGGGACUGCAGAGGUGUACAUUCUCCCAUCUUCUGUUGUCCUAGCCCCGUGGAGAAUUUAAGCCGCUGUAAUUUUCCUUCUACAAUUACAGCACUCCAGUUCCAGCUCCAAACCUGAGUCAUCUUUCAAAGAAGAUUCCAACAAAUAAGGGAGUCAGACAGGCGAUUAUCUCCACUGGAGGUACGUCUUUGUUCCCUCCAGUCUCCUAACAUCCAGCUACUUACCAUACCACAGUAGAAGAUGGAAUCUAAAGUCUCUGAAGGUGGCCUGAACGUGACUCUCACGAUUCGACUGCUCAUGCAUGGAAAGGAAGUUGGAAGCAUCAUUGGAAAGAAAGGAGAAACAGUGAAAAAGAUGCGUGAGGAGAGUGGAGCACGAAUUAAUAUCUCAGAGGGAAAUUGUCCAGAGAGAAUUGUGACCAUCACAGGCCCCACUGAUGCCAUCUUCAAGGCUUUUGCGAUGAUUGCUUACAAGUUUGAGGAGGAUAUAAUCAAUUCAAUGAGCAACAGCACAGCCACCAGUAAGCCACCAGUAACACUAAGGUUGGUUGUGCCAGCUAGCCAGUGUGGAUCAUUGAUUGGCAAAGGAGGCUCCAAGAUUAAGGAAAUCAGGGAGUCAACAGGAGCUCAGGUUCAAGUGGCGGGGGAUAUGCUGCCCAACUCCACAGAGAGGGCAGUGACCAUCUCGGGGACCCCCGAUGCAAUUAUCCAAUGUGUAAAACAGAUCUGUGUGGUGAUGCUGGAGUCCCCACCCAAAGGUGCCACCAUCCCCUAUCGCCCAAAGCCCGCCUCCACCCCUGUCAUUUUUGCAGGUGGCCAGGUCAGAGCCGACCCGCUUGCGGCCUCCACUGCCAACCUCAGCCUUUUACUGCAGCACCAGCCGCUGCCCGCCUAUACAAUUCAGGGACAGUAUGCUAUUCCGCACCCAGAUCAGUUGACCAAGCUCCACCAGUUGGCUAUGCAGCAAACCCCCUUUACUCCCCUUGGACAGACCACCCCCGCUUUCCCUGGAGAAAAGCUGCCUUUACAUUCCUCCGAAGAAGCUCAAAAUCUGAUGGGCCAAUCAUCAGGUUUGGAUGCCAGUCCCCCGGCCAGUACUCAUGAACUCACCAUUCCCAAUGAUCUAAUAGGCUGCAUAAUCGGACGCCAAGGGACCAAAAUAAAUGAAAUUAGACAGAUGUCUGGAGCACAGAUCAAAAUUGCCAAUGCCACAGAAGGCUCAUCAGAACGUCAAAUUACCAUCACAGGAACCCCAGCUAACAUCAGCCUUGCUCAGUACCUCAUCAAUGCCAGGCUGACGUCUGAGGUAACUGGAAUGGGUGCACUCUAAUUUCUACUCAUCAUCCAGCAUCCUGCAUCAUCUGACCCUACUGACACCUCACCCAGCUUCUAUUGCCUCUAUAUUAUUGCUUCAUACACACCCCUUUAUCUCCUUGGAUACUUUUCUUUAAUAGCAAAUAUAUGUAUAUAAAUAUAAAUAUAUAUAUACAUGGAUAUGUGCACACAUACCAGUUCUUUUCUUUAUAAGUUGCAUUCUGUGCUCCUGAUUUUCCCCCCUGAAUUUUUUAUUUAUGCUCCAGACAAAUCUGUAUUCCAGAUGUACAAUGCUAAUUAUUUUAAACAGGUUUUGCUGGGGUUUCCCUUGGUAGGAUUUCAGAAGAAGGUUGGUUUUCUUAGUCCCUGUUUAGCUCUAUUUAGCGAAGAGCUAUCUUAUCUUUUUCAUUUUAAAUUUGUUUGCAGCACCUGCAGUAGUACUGAAAUUGGCCUCAUCUAGAACAGUGACUGCUUUGCAAUAGUUAUUUCUCUCGAUUAUUCCAUUGCUCCUUCCAUUUUUGAACCCAGCUUGUCCUUGACUCUUUUUAAAGCAUUUGACUCUAUGUCCUAAGAAUGUGGCAUGGCUUUCCCCAUGUAAUGUUGGAAGUAGAACAUGUAGGAGCCAAGGAACAUAAGCAAAUGAUCCCCAUUGGUUCUCACAUGGUAUAUGCUGCUUCCAGUAUGGCAGAGCCAAGCAAGCCAUUUUCAUUUUCAAGCAGAGAACAGGGGGAAUCCCUCUUUUUAAAUUUAGAAAUGGGAAUGGAGAUAAGGAAAUAAAAUGAAAGCGUGGCAGGGACUGCUGAAAGCAUUCUUAAAACAGCAGCCCACAGACUUUUGGACUCAGCUCAGGAAGCUCCAGUCUCUGUGAGCCUGCUGUGUUUGCAGUUGUUUGUGUUUAAUAAAGUCUGUGCAGCUCUGCUAGUAACAAGCUCUUA